AAAUAUGAUUAAUGUGAACCGCUUUAUUGUGGGCCGUUUCCGCGCCCUUGGUUUACCCUCGCAACAUUUAAACACCCCCUUUCUUCUCCGUCGUAAUGUCGUUACAGUGUUUAGGCCUACUUACCUCUUUUCUUCUUCGCCACAUGUUUUCUACAACGAACUCACCACACUGAUGAGUUUUCCGUUCAACCAUUUCUCCUAUUUCACCAACGACGAUAUUCCAUUCGAUUUGCGCAACUUCGACGACACCGAAAUUCCGGCUGGAGAAUAAUACCUCAUGGCAGCCGGAGCAGAUCCUCUAUUCGAUAAUUUAGUAAUGGAUGAAUUUUUUGACGAUGAGGAAGAAGAAGAAGAAGACGAAGAUGAAGAAGAAGAAGAAGAUGAUGAAGAGUAUGUUCCCGAUGUGCCGUCGUCUAGGGUUUCUCACGGUCGCCGGAAUCCUACAUCUGACGAAGUAAUAGUUGUUCUCGACGAUGAACGGCAAAAUUCAGUUGAAGACGACAGAAACAAACGCCGCAGAACUGAAGGAGUAGAGGCUUCAGCUUCUUCGAUCCCGGUCGAAAGUGCCGACGGCAGUCAAGAGAAUGACUGGAACCGCACCGAGGUUGACGGCCUCACUUGCCCUAUUUGUAUGGAUGCUUGGACCGAUGACGGCGAUCAUCACGUCUGUUGUCUUCCUUGUGGGCACAUUUAUGGCAUGUCUUGCAUCAAAAAAUGGCUUAAACAGCGACGCAAUUCGGGGAAGUGUCCUCAAUGUAAUAUGGAAUGUUCCAUGAAAGAUGUGAGGAAACUCUAUGCUUCCCGAGUGGUUGCUGUUGAUGAAGAAUCUGAUAAGAGAAUUCGGUCACUUGAGACCAAAUGUGCUUCUCUUGAGAGUAAGGAUGGUGAUUGGCGCAAGAAAGAAGCGGGAUGGAAGAAGAGAGAAGCUGCAUUGCAUCUUGAUGUUAAGAACCUUAAGGAGAAAAACACUUAUUUGGAGCAGCUGUUACUAGAUAUGCAAAGUAGACAAUCCGGAUUAAUGGAUGUCACUGGGAAUUCUCAAUGGAGAUAUGAAUCUGAGCGAAACUAUAACCCAAUGUCCCAUGGAAAAGGAUCAUUUUGCAAUUUUGUAUUUCAGAAAGCAUUUCCACUGGAAGGUGCCCGCAUAUUUGAUAUGGACACUUACAAUCAAAUUGUAUUAAUUGCACAUAAACCAAAAGCAAUAGGUGAUGUGCACUUGCUAUCUAAAUUGAGCUUAAUAUCUCCAUUUGAGAUGCAAGAUAUUGUAUUGCCUUCAUCUGCAAAUGGUGUCAGAGACAUGCACAUUUCUCCUUUCGAUAAUACACAGGUCCUCUAUGCUUCAUUAGGGAAGAAAUUAUCAGUGCUCAGCUUCCUCAGUGGCACCCCUGUUCUCGAUUAUAAUCUACAGGUUCCUGCUUGGUCCUGCUCAUGGGAUCGUAACAGUACACAUUACAUAUAUGCUGGACUACAGAAUGGUUCUGUUCUGGUGUUUGAUACGAGACAAACUGCAGGACCCUUAAAGUGUUUAGCUGGGUUAACUAGCAACCCUGUUCAUAGCUUGCAGUCUCUUGCACAAACAUCGAGUCUUCCGUCUGGUGCCAGAAGUAUCCUAUCCGCAUCUGCCAUCGGGCCUUGUCAAUGGAACAUUGAUUCUGAAGAACGGUUUGUAGUUCCCGAGCCUUAUGAUCCUGAUGCUUAUGAUCAAGGAGUUUGUAUAUCCCUUGCCUAUUGCCCGAGCAGUGAUGACAUUGUUGUUUCGCACCGUCCAAAGUUCAACACCUUGGUGGAUGUGCCUAAUUCUCAAUUUUGGCCUACUCCUUAUGUUACUGGACAAGGAGUACAGGGCUCUCACGUAUUGUUAAAGAGAACUGGCUGUGAUAAUUACCAAAAGAUGGGUUCCUCGAAUGCCAAUGUAAGUGAUAUUCGACUACCAAAAUGUGUAAUUAUAGACACUCAGAAUCAAAAUAGAUUAUUUGUAUCCGGAGAUGAAGCUACAUGCGACAUGGUCUUGCAAGAGUUGCCAUCUUUUAGAACCAUUCAGCGAUUCGAAAUGCCAGCUCAGGUUCGUGAUGUUAGGUACUCACCUAGUCAUGGAAUGCUUGGGUGUUUAACUGGCAAUUCAUUGCAACUGUUCCGUACCAAUCUCAAGUGAGACAGUACGGCUAUACUUUGAUUCAUAGAUGUUGGUUCUUUUUUGUCCAGUUUUGUUUCUCAGAAUUUAGCUGUCCGUAAAGUAGUUGAGAUAUUUAUUGUUUUUCAAGGGUAUUUCUUUGUGUAAAUAUUCCUGUAUUUUAUAUAUUAGAUCCGUGAUAUUGAUAUUUAUAAUUUUCCAAAGCUUUUUUUUAUUUGGUAACUA